AUGCAGAUCUCCGGACUCUUCUCUAUCCUGGCCGUCGUCGGCGUUGCCGCCGCCCUCCCUCAGGCUACCCCUACCACGCCCACUCCUACCAGCGCGUCGGCCGCGGCUACGGUUUCGGCCACCUCCUCACCGACCUGCUCCCCCGGCCCGGUCAUUGACUACACCGUCGUCUCGGGCGACACCCUGACCAUCAUCUCGCAGAGAUUCAGCUCCGGCAUCUGCAACAUCGCCAACGCGAGCGGCAUCACCAACCCCAACUUCCUCUCGCUCGGCCAGUCCCUCAAGGUCCCGACCUACGUCUGCACCCCGGACAACACCUCGUGCCUGGCCAAGGAGGGCAGCGAUACCUGCGUCGUGGGCGGCCCGGCCACCCACACCAUCGUCGCCGGCGACACCUUCUUCCUUGUCGCCCAGAGCCUCGGUCUCGACGUCAACGCCCUCCUCGCCGCCAACGAGGGCGUCGACCCUCUCCUGCUCCAGGUCGGCGAUGUCAUCAACAUUCCCGUCUGUUAA